CAUACGGUAAAGCGUGGCACGGUACAUUCCCACUUCACAAUCGAUUUGCUGCCAGCGUUCGGACAGGAUCCAAAAAUAUAAAUUUGAAAAACAAUGGACACACAACCGGAGUACGUGCAGGUUGGCUUGAACAAGGUAGCGGCGGAGCAGGGUUUCACCGAGGGACGCUAUCGGAUCGAGUUCGAAGCCGGUUCCAGCAAGGGCGAUGGUUUCAUGGGAACCCUAUUCAAAGCGUUCAUCCGCGAGGAUGGCCGCGAAGAGCUGAUCGUGCUGGUGAAGGACCUUCCGGAUAGUGAGGUUCGUCGGCAGCAAUCCAUGGGAAUGUUCCAUCGGGAGGUUUUGGCUUACGAUAUGCUGCUUCCGGCACUGGACAAAUUUCAAGCCGAAAAGGGCGUCGGCAGCGGGAAAGAUAGCGACGGGUUUUGGCGUGUUCCGAAGUGUUACUAUGCUACCUGUAAUCUGGAAAAGUUGGAGGCUGUAGUUAUCAUGGAGGAUCUGAGGCAGAGUAACUUUCGCAUGUGGAAUAAGUAUGAACCAGUUGAUUUCGAGCAUAGCAGUAUGAUAAUGGAGCAAUUGGGGAAGCUGCAUGCGGUAUCGUUUGCAAUGAAAGAUCAACAACCGGAACUGUUCGCACAGUUUAAGAAAUUCACCGAUCCGAUGAAGAUGAUGAUCGAUAUGGAUCCUAAGAGGAAUAUAGAUAACCUUUUUGCAGAAAUGCACGAGCGAGCGGUCGGAACUUUGGCCAAGGAAGACGUCGAAGCGAAAGAAGGAAUGGAACGGUUGAAGGGGAUUGUAACGGAUCACUACGUGGAGUGCGUGAACGCGGAAGAUGCAGAACCGUACGCAGUGAUGGCACACGGAGACUGCUGGAUCAACAAUAUGAUGUUUACAUACGACGGGAACGAGCCAACCCCAACAGAUAUCCGGCUAAUCGAUUGGCAGCUGUGUCGCUACGUUUCUCCUAUUUUGGACCUAUCCUACUUUCUUUUUAUUUGCACUGACGAAGAACUGCGUGGCAAGCACUUCGAAGAACUGCUGGACACCUACUACAAUUCGUUGAGCGAGCAACUUGCCCGAUUGGGUGGCGAUGUGAAGCGUCAAUAUCCCCGGGACGCAUACCAAGCUCAGUGGAAAAAAUAUGGACGCUUCGGAUUGUUGAUGGGAUUGAUCGUAGUACCUAUGAUCUGCACGGCUAGAGACGAUUUGCCGGAUAUGGAUGAAUACAUUGAAAAACUCGAAAAAUCAGAAGAACACAUCAAGUACGACUACGGAACCGAAGAGAAAGCGUUCGAACUGUACCGAAAGCGAAUGGCCGGGAUAAUUAGAGAUGUUGUUAGGUUUGGUUACCUGUAGAUACGGAUUAUUGAAGGGGUUGAUAAUUCUAAAUUUUUAUAUAUGUACUGCGAAAAAUG